CCCGAUCUGUCCCACCUUACGUAAUCGCCAAGCCCCAAUCCACCUCAAUCCAAACCUCACAACCCAAGAAACAACACGACUUCGAGCUCCAGUUCCGAGGAUUCUCUACGACCAUUGCGACAGCGCGGAUACCCGUGACACCUCGAGACCCCAUAGCCAACUUCCAGUGCUUUGAGCUUUAGUACCCGACGCCCAAGCGACCAGUGACUUCGAUCGUUCGAUUGCCGCCGCCGCCGAGUACUCCGCUUCAAUUUGCCUCGAGCUUGGGGACACACAUAAAGGAGAGAGAACAGCUGCCCGCCAUGCCGCAGGAUAUGCCGCCUGUGGGCGGCUACGAGGCCGUCCAGUACAAGCGCAACCUCCCUUCCCGCGGCCUGUUCCGCCCCGGGCCGCUCAUUGCCGGCGGUGCUGUUCUCAUGCUCUAUGGCUGGUGGAGGCUGAUUGCCGGCAUCCGCGAGCAAAAUGAGCUUGCGCGGGAAAAGAUGUGGGCCCGCAUUCACCUGAUCCCGCUUCUGCAGGCCGAAGAGGACCGCGACCACGUCCGGAGGCACUUGGCGGACCAGGCGCGGGAGAAAGAGUUGUUGGGGGAGAAUAUCCGGGUGUAUCAUGCUGACCGGUACGUCCGGCCGACGUUUGGCGUCAUACCGGGCAAGGUUACGAAGGAGUAAGCUGUCGGGGAGGAUGGAGUGAGGUUGUGGUUGGGCGGAUGGCGGAUGCCCGGACU